UUGGGAGCUCACGUGCAGGAUGUGAAAGCAAUGGCCUUCUGCUGCUGCUGCUGCUCCUGAGCACCUGGUCUGCUAAGGCAUUUGCAAUCUGAGAUCAAGGAGGAUCAUGCUCCACCAGAUGUUGUCUGGAGAGGAGGGGUGCAGACCUUUCAGGAGUGCCCUGCUGCUCGAGUGUCAUGUCCAGUGCAGAAUUCGCUGCAGGAUGGCUUUCAGGGGCAGCCGGGUUGGUUCUAGGGCACCCAGUGGACACUGUGAAGGUGCGGCUGCAGACGCAGGCUGGCUACCGAAGCAUCUUGGACUGCGUCGUCAGGACGUACCGCGACGAAACGAUCUUCGGCUUCUUCAAAGGCAUGAGUUUCCCGCUACUCAGUGUGGCAAUGGUCAACUCCGUCAUGUUUGGGGCCUACAGCAACGCUCUGCUGUACCUCAGCAACACCCAUCAUCAGGACCGUUGUUCCAACCCCCCCAGCUACACCCACAUCUUUGUAGCCGGCUGCUUCUCAGGACUGGUGCAAGCUGUGGUGCUGGCCCCCGUGGAUCUCGUCAAAGUCCGGCUGCAGAACCAGACCCACCCUUACACUCGUGGCAUCCUGCCGGCGGAGGCCCAGCCGCUGUAUAAGGGCCCAGUACACUGUGCUGCCAGCAUACUGCGGAAGGAGGGCGUCCCAGGCUUGUUCCGAGGUUCUUUGGCGUUGGGGCUGCGUGACACCCCCACCAUGGCGAUGUACUUUAUGACUUAUGUGGGGCUGUGCAGGGGGAUGACUCUGCAAGGGCAGGAGCCAGGCCCAGUAACAGUUCUCUUGGCUGGCGGCUUUGCUGGAAGUGUUUCGUGGGCCUUGGCCACCCCUAUGGAUGUGGUGAAGGCCCGCUUGCAAAUGGAUGGGAUGAAGGGGAAGGAGUAUCGGGGGAUCCUACACUGCGUCCUCACCAGUGCUCGGCAGGAGGGACUGCAGGUUUUCCUGAAGAGCCUUGCCCUGAACAGUUUCCGGGCUUUCCCUGUGAAUGCGGUCACCUUCUUGAGCUACGAGUGCAUCCUCAAGAUUGCCAUUUGAACUCUGGGACCACCUUGACUCAACUCUACUUUACCUCACACUAUGGGAUGAAAAAGCACCCAUGGAUGAACUUGUGUGCCAACACCUUGGGAAAGAAUGGAAGAGCCUUGCUAGAUCAAACCAGGAGUCCAUCAAGUCCAGCAUUCUGUCCAUACAGUGGUCAACCAGUGGUGUAGUGGUUAACAGCGGUAGACUCUAAUCUGGUGAACCCGGUUUGAUUCCCAACUCCUCUACAUG